AUGUUAUUCGAACCUGGCUCUGUCCCUCCGGGACCCCCUAUCGAAACCACAAAGGCCUUGAUCUUACUCGAUUUCCAGAACGACUUCGUCAAGCCCAAUGGAAACCUUCCUGUCCGCAACGUUGAACGUUUUAUAGGCAAUCUACUAUGCCUAGUGGACGAAUUCCGCGCCAAGGGGCAGGUGAUUUGGGCAGGGACCGAGUACAAGCAGUCUCGCUCAACCAUCUCUUCCGUGACAGGGUCUCACUCUAUAAUCUUGAAACAGCAUCUCCAGCGGCAGGACUUAACCGAGGAGAGCAGUGAGUACUACAACGACCCGAGUUACACACGCUCACCUCGCGAAGAUCCCCUGUCACCCUCGACGAACCCAGAUGUCAGCCAUGAUCGAGAAGCAUUUCUCGCCCCCCUCUUGACCACCACAAAGUACAGAUGUUGCAUACCCGGCUCAUGGGGUGCCGACUAUCCGGAGAGCAUCAAAGCAGCCGUCGACCCACAAAGAGACCUCGUUAUGCUGAAAUCCCAGUACUCGGCUUUUGAAGGCACGUCACUCCUCAUGCAUCUACGCUCCCAUCUCGUCACGGAAAUCUACGUCUGUGGCUCUCUCUCAAACAUCGGCGUCUACGCCACCGUCCUUGACGCCGUUUGCCAUGGUGUCCAGGUCACGCUGGUUGAAGACUGUCUCGGAUAUAUCGAUGAAGCUUGCCAUAUAGAAGCUAUGCGCCAGAUGGCAGACACUCUGGGUGCAAAUGGAAUUGACUGCCAGGAGCUGCGUGACGAUAUUGCCGGCCUUCUUGGUGACGUUAUCCACGAAGAGGACUAUCCAACUAGAUUCCAGGUCAGCCUGCCACCACCGACUCGCACGACCAGGGCGCACACCUCGAGGAGGCAAAUUCAUGACUGGAUUUCUAGCCUCGAAGGUGAAGAAGCCCCUCCCGUACUCGCUAAGGCCGCAGACACACCAUCGAGAGAGACGGAACAGACCGGGUCUAUCCGGCGUGACUCCCACACACCAAGUGAGUCAUCUCGUAGAUCUAUAAGGCAUACAUCAGUUGAGCGCAGUCCUACCCGGAAAAGAUCAACCAGUGAUCUCGAUCCCUUGGACGAAGAGCGUGUCCUGAAGUUAUCCCAUAAGCCUUCUUCCCGUCGUACCUCGACUCAUACUGAGCAACUGAAAACCAAGCAGACACAGCAAUCAACACGAAAGCGGCGACCUUCACACGAAUCACCAAUCAGAUCUUCUACCCCUACGACAUCAGCCCUGCACCAGACGCCGUCAACCGGGGAGCCGUCUAUUCACAAGGACAUGUCGGAAGCUGAUCCAACCGAGGCCGAACAACAAAGCCCGAAGGCCAAACAAGGAAACGGUCAAGCAGCCCUAAAGAAGAAGAAGAAAAUAACACCGAGAAUCCUUGGUCCUGACGACACACUAGGACAAGGUGACUGCAAACUCUACACCGGCGUCCUCGAUCAAACAGAAGCCGCACAGGCCUUUUAUUCUUGCAGGAGCGAUAUUAAAUGGCAAAAGAUGUUUCACCGGUCCGGCGAAGUACCUCGCCUGGUUGCUGUUCAGGGGUCCAUGUCUGAGGAUGGGACGGAGGUUCCAAUCUACAGGCAUCCGGCGGAUGAAUCUCCGGAGUUGUUACCUUUCGACAGCGUGGUUAAUAUGCUGCGGAAAGCUGCAGAAAGACUCGUCAGCCAUCCGUUGAACCAUGUUUUGAUCCAAUGGUAUCGCCACGGCGAGGACAACAUCUCUGAGCACUCUGACAAGACACUCGACAUCGUCCGAGGAUCUCAAAUCGUGAAUGUGAGUCUGGGUGCACAGAGGACCAUGAUGCUAAGAGCGAAGAAGUCCUCUUUGACACAGGCUGAUCUGGACCAAGACUCGGACGGCGCCAGACCUUCUCAACGAAUCCAUCUUCCUCACAAUUCGCUUUUCGUCCUCGGCCAGGAGACCAACCGGCAGUGGUUACAUUCUAUACGAGCCGACAAACGACCUGUGUCGGAAAAGACACCCGCCGAACUCGCUUUCGAUGGAGAAAGAAUCAGCUUCACAUUCAGACACAUUGGAACAUUUAUCAAUCUCGCUCAGGGCACAAUAUGGGGACAGGGGGCUACAAGUAAACAACGCAAGGAUGCCAAGCCCUUAUUGACAGGGCCCGACGCAGAAAAAGAGGGCGAGGCCAUGAUUCGAGCCUUUGGGCAGGAGAAUCAUCGCAGCGCAGACUGGGACUGGGAUGAGUGGUACGGACGGGGCUUCGAUGUGGUCAACUUUGAGACCAAACACGCGGACGAGGCCAAUCCAACCGAUGAUGAUCUAAGAGGCCUGUCGAAGGGUGAGAAGAGGAAAAUUGCUGACGAUAGCGAGAGUCCAAUGAGGGCUGGAUCCGCACCAUUUUGA